CUCGACACGACUCGUGAGAGUGUGGAAAUCGCUGAGCAGCGAUAACCGUGCAACUGCAGAAAAGCCCAAACCAUGGUUGCUUUCAAACAAGUACUCCUCCUCUCACACGCGCUCCUCCGCGCGUAACAUUCCUAUCUUCUCUCCGUUGUAAAACGUGAACAACUCGUACAAUUUCCUCUCUCUUUCUCUGGAGCCAACAACACAACAACUAACAACGAAGAAGUUUCUCUGUGCUUGGAUUUUUCGUGCUCCUCGGAGCAAAUUUCAUGCUUCGCAGAAAACCCUCCCCAUUCUCCUAAGGCAAGGGCAAUUAUAGUUUUUAGCAAUUAGAUAUGGAUUUAGAAGAGAAGUUCCUUGUCAAAGAGUAGGCAGGAUCUGGUGUUUAUGAGAGUUUCUGGCGUUCAAAGCCUUUCUUCCAGUGUGCAAAGUACACCGGAAAAAAAUGGCCAUUCAGAUGAUGCUUCAAAAAGUUCAGAACUCCUUCAGGAGUUCCUGAAAUGUGGUCCGAAGAAGGAGCUUCUUCGAACGUGCUUUGAUAAGGACAGAAAAAACAUUUUAUCAAAAAGCAGGAUGACUGAAACUAAGUCAACCAGUAAGAUAAUUAAGAAACAAGACACAAAAAAAGUUUCAAGUCCCUCCCAUCAACCCUCUAGGAAGCAACCCCGAAAGGGUGAAAACCCCACGCGACUCGUACCUUCUCCUGACCAGUCUUCUGAUUUUGGCCAUUCAGACACUUGGAUCUGUAAGAAUGUUGCUUGUAGGGCGGUAUUGUCUAUAGAUGACACAUUUUGUAGAAGGUGCUCUUGCUGUAUUUGUCACCAUUUUGAUGAUAACAAAGAUCCUAGUCUUUGGUUGGUGUGCACAUCUGAAUCUACACAAGGGGACUCCUGUGGGUUGUCUUGCCAUAUUGAAUGUGCCCUUCAACAUGAAAAGGUUGGAGUUAUUGAUCAUGGGCAAUUGAUGCAACUAGAUGGUGGUUAUUGUUGUGCGUCCUGUGGUAAAGUUACAGGGAUACUUGGAUGCUGGAAGAAGCAGCUAAAUAUAGCAAAAGAUGCCCGGCGUGUAGAUAUACUCUGUUACAGGAUAUAUUUGAGCUACAGGCUCCUGGACGGAACUUCAAAAUUUAAAGACUUGCAUCAAAUUGUAGAAGAGGCAAAGGCUAAACUGGAGGCAGAAGUUGGUCCUGCUGAUGGGUUUUCUGCCAAGAUGGCACGAGGCAUUGUCAGCAGACUCCCUAUUGCCAGUGAUAUACAGAAACUCUGCUCUCUUGCUAUUGAGAAAGCUGACAAGUGGCUGGCUACUGUUUCCAAUGUAAAUCUGGAUUCCACAGAGGGUUCACUUCCUGCUGCUUGCAAGUUUGUUUUUGAAGAGGUAUCAACUUCCUCGGUGAAAAUCAUUUUAAUUGAAAUGUCAAAUAUAUGUUCGGAAGCCAUUAAGGGAUACAAACUUUGGUAUUACAAGACUCGGGAUGAAUCACCCACAAAAGAUCCUGUUUCUGUGUUUCCCAAAUCUCAGAGGAGGAUUUUGAUAUCCAACCUUUUGCCUUGCACAGAAUAUACUUUUCGAAUUGUAUCUUAUACCGAUAUAGGUGACUUGGGUCAUUCAGAGGCUAAGUGUUUCACCAAGAGCAUCGAGAUAAUUAGAAACAAUCCCACUUCAUGUGUUGCUAUGAAUCAUAAAAAAAAUAACCUUCUAACUAGGGGCAAUUCUUCUGGCUCCAAGAUGGACCCCAAUGCCACAAUGGAAGACUAUGGAUUUAAGGUUCGUGACCUUGGGAAAAUAUUGCGUCUUGCUUGGGCUCAGGCACAAGGGUACUUUGAAGAGUUUUGCUGUGCUGAUAUGAAAAAUUGCUGUGGACAAAGUGCUAUCGACAAACUUAAAAUUCCAGAAGUGAAGUUGCCUUCAGUUUCACGAGGCCUUGAUUUAAACGUGGUUUCAGUGCCUGAUUUAAAUGAAGAGCUAACACCUCCUUUUGAGUGCUCUAGGGAUGAAGAUAAUGGUUGCUCUUUGCUGCUGGCUGUUGAGGCAGAUGAUGAUGCUGCUUCUCAUGAUCUGGAGAAAAAUGGUUUAGCAAGAUCGCAUGGAAGUGGUGACUCCCAAACCUGGACCCAUGGGCCUGCAGGAGAAGUGUCAGCUGUUGACUCUCGCAUAGAUGUGUGCAGGAAAAGGAAAGCAAGCACAAAUGAAGAGACACAUGAUUGUGACAGCACUUUGAUAAAUGGUUCUCCUUUACGCAUAUCUGAUGGUUCAUGCCCCUUGGAUGAAAACUUUGAGUAUUGUGUGAAAGUAAUUCGUUGGCUAGAAUGUGAGGGUCACAUCAAACAGGAAUUUAGGUUGAAAUUGCUAACAUGGUUUAGUUUAAGGUCGACAGAGCAAGAGCGCAGGGUGGUUAAUACCUUCAUUCAAACCCUUAUUGAUGAUCCAAGUAGUUUGGCAGGACAACUGGUUGACUCUUUUUCUGAUAUUAUAUCCAACAAGAGGCCAAGAAAUGGAUUCUGUAAUAAAGCUGUGCCAUCAAAUUAAUGGUGAUCCUGUUAUACAAGUUUGUCAUUUGCUUCAAGCUUUCCAUUUGCCAUUUUCCGUGUCAGCAAAAAUCAUCCUCUGAUUGUUUUUGCCUUCCUUGUACAGGCAUUUUUUAAAAUUAAUCAAUCACCUUCGAAGGGAUUCAUAUUUAUUGCAGACAAGUUUUGUCUUGCUAAAAGGAUUUGCUUUGAUGAUCGCAGAAAACAGUAACGCAUUUUUCCUGGGAGGGAGGAUCUUUGGACAUGAAGUUUCUGGGUGUAGGAGGCGUUGUGCUAUUUCCUAAAUUGCUGCAAUUGUUUUCUUUAGUGAAUUUAAUUACGUAAGAUAUUAGUAUUGAAACUUUCUUCUCAUAACCUUUAUUUGAAGAUACAUAUAUAAUUGCUGAUUUCAUUUAUACCUGUUAAUCUUUUGUUAUCUUUGUUGCUCCACCCACUGAUGAGCUAGCAAAUGAAAAUGCUUACUUCAACUGAUUGUGGGGAAACAAAUGCUACUACUCCGCUUUAGUGUGGUUUCCUAGAUGAGCGUUGUAUUCCGAUGUGUGUAUUUUCUAGUUAAAUUAGUCAACUUUGUAAAUCAACCAAUAAGACUAAUGUGGAUGGAUCAUGCAUCACAAUUUUAACUAUUAGUUAGAAGCCCUGACAUGGGGUAUAGACUAUAGUAUGUUUUCUUGGACCUCCAUCGUCUUCAAAAAUUUUUGUGUUGUAUGGGUAAUUUUGCUGCUGCACAAUUUCUUUUUUGUCCUUGAUGUUGAAAAGUCAUUUAAUUUGGUCUUAAUUAUUUCCCAACGUCAUUUUACAUAGAAAGACUAAAAUAAAUGACAUUUGUAUUGUUAAGCUUCAAACUGGAGAUUUUAUAUAGAAAUUAAAGUGAUU